GAAUGAAAAGCACACAUCUAGGUGGCCAUAAUAGCACAUGCUAGCACGUCGUAUUGUGAUAUGUAAGAAGUCUAAUAUUUUGUAAACAGUUGUUUGUUGAAGAUCCAGAUGAUGGCCACAACGGUGGCAACACCCGUCACGCCAACAGAAUCCGACCAAGGCCGGAGCGUCAGUGAAGAAGAACCCCGAGGGAACGAGGCAGAUGAGGAAAGCCAACAAACGGGGCCCGUAGCAAGUGUUACGCACAGCCGUGUCUCCAAACUCCCCCUGGCUCGCAUCAAGGCGCUGAUGAAGGCAGACCCCGAUGUGUCACUCGCAAGUCAAGAGUCUGUAUUCAUAAUCGCGAAGGCCACGGAAUUGUUUGUUGAGAUGAUUGCCAAGGAUUCCCUCGUCUAUGCCCAACAAGGAAAAAGGAAAACUUUGCAGAGGAAAGAUUUGGACAAUGCGAUAGAGGCCAUUGAUGAGUUUGCUUUCCUUGAAGGUACAUUGGACUGAUGGCUUGGUCUAAACCACACGUAUACCAGACAUUUUCCACUUAAAAUCGGGUGGUAAUUUUUUCUAAACCUCAUUUGUAAAUCCCAUUGUGCCAUCAAUCGUUUUCCUCAUUUAACAAAACCUUUGCUGUGCUUAGUGAUGUAUUAUACAUUGUCAUCUGCGUUUUAUGUUGUAAAUAGGUGUAUUGUAAAAUAGUCCCUAUAAAACAUGAGUAACUUUUUGCCAGUUUUGAUUAUUUGUAUUGUGAAGUAACAAUUCAACUAUUUUAAUAAAGUUGUCAUGUUUUCUAAUGCCUUUUUCCUUUGGAAGUUUCAAAUUAUCCUUCAGGGUCGUGUAGGAAUUUGAUGCAUUUUUUGAUAAAUAAAUCGAUAGAUCAAAUUCGUUUUUUUGUCCAUACAAAGCUAGCAGUAAAAAUGUUAUAGUUCUUCUAAAGCCUGAAGGCUGAUACUAACCAUCUUCUUUGUAAAAUAAAUAUUUAUUUUCUCUUGUUUAGUCUACAUUGAAAGUGGAAUAAAAUGAUUCACAUUU